AUGUGCACGGUAUUCACGCAAGAAGAGCAUUUAAGCAACCGCGGAGUUGGCUCGAAUCCCUCAAUUUGGGGAAAUAGCGGAAUAGGAACGACGCACGAAGCAUAUGGUUCCAAUUAUACGCUCGUAAAUUGGUGUGAAAGGCGGAAUCCAAAGCAUGCGCUAAUAGAAGCUCGAAGCAUAGAGAACGACGAAGCUCCGAGCUCAUCGGAUAGCCGGUCAAAACGGACAGUGGAAGAGCCCAAACUUACCACUCAAGUCGAUAAAAAUGGAAAAAUGGCAAACGCGAGUUACUGGAUUUGGAAGUCUCUGCCAAAGAGCAUGUGCAUUAUGAAGUUUACGAGCAGACAAGCAAAUAGAAUAUCUCAAGUCCUAUUUUCGGAACGCCAGUUGCGAAGACGUAGCUCGUGGAAUCUGGAUGACAUUCUCGGCCCAGCCUUGGCAGGGUCUGCAUUCAGCAAGUGA